AUGGAGGAGCUGUCGGGCCUUAUGCGAACGACAUCGAGGUCAGAGAGUGAGAACCAUUUGUUUGGUCAAGUGUGCAAUUCAAAAGCUACUCUUGUUGAGUUCAUGACUCAUUAUGAAACUGCAAUAGAAGCACAAUGUCACACACAUCGGAGAAAUGAUCAUGAAUCUCGAUACAAACGCCCUCAGUUGAAAAAUUGCAUAAAUCAACGUUACGAAGAUCAACCCGAUGGGUUUGUUAAGUUUAACAUAAAUGAUUUCCUGCAGCCUUGUACAUCCUUAUUUGAGUUGUAUAUUGUUUUUGACGUUUUCAGGUCUUGUACCGUAAGUCUGAUUGCACAUGCAGUUGCUUAUGCAAGCGUUUUGAGCAGUUUGGUUUCCCCAAAUUGCUCUUCCGAAUACUCAAUGAGUCGUGAAUAUAUGACCGAGCUUGAUCCCGAUGUGCAAAGUAUGAUGCGAGAGAUUGUUUUUGCAACGAAGUAUACUUUGAACCGUUUAUCUGGUAAUAAAGAGGAGCUAUCCUCAUACAAGGAUCAUGUUCAAUCUUAUAUGAAAAAGGUUCAAGAUAUGCAGAUUGUUGCUCCUCCUCCUAGUACACGAGAUAGAUCUGCGGAGAUAACCGAUCAAUAUAGAAACAACAAGAAUCCGAUAAGAGUCCCUGUUGGGUAUAAGUCGAAAGGUUCUGGAUCUCGGAAGCGUCUGAAAUCCAAACCGGAGGUAGCAAUCGAAAAAAUGAAAUCAAAAUCGAAACCCGGGGCCAAAGAAAGACAGUGUCAGAAUUGUAAAGUUUACGGACACUAA